AUGGUGCCGUUCUUCCCGCUGAGGAAAAUCAAGCGGAACGGUAAAUACCUGCUGCUCGGUGCUGUGUUCAUAAUCGCUGCCAUUGCUGCUUAUCUGGAGUUCGUCGCCACCAGUAAGUUUAGUCACAGUCAGCAAAAAGAUCAGAUAAUCUGCAAAACUGUGUUAAGAGAGAGUGGAGAACACAGUUCUGACUUAACCUGGGUGUCCAAAUAUAACCCUCAGCCCUGGAAAUCUGAAUAUAAAGGACAAGCUAAUUUUCAUGUCUUUGAGGAUUGGUGUGGCAGUUCUGUUGCAAGCCUCAGGAAAUACUUACACUAUCCUCUGUACCCUCAUUCUCGCCUUACUGUGAAGAAACUGGCAGUGUCCCCUCAGUGGACAGAAUAUGGCUUAAGGAUCUUUGGCUACAUUCACCCAUACACUGAUGGUGAGUUCAUUUUUGCAGUGGCAUCUAACAAUAACUGCGAGUUCUGGUUCAGUCUGGAUGAGAACCCAGAAAACGUGCAGCUUCUGGUGUACGUUGGAAAGACUGGCAAGGAGUGGACUGCUCCGGGGGAGUAUGAAAAAUAUUCUAGCCAAAUAUCAAAACCAAAUAAACUUCAGCAGCAGAGGCGGUAUUACUUUGAGCUGAUUUACAAACAUGAUGAUCAUGGAACAGACCAUGUGGAGGUUGCAUGGCGACUCAAACAGGCUGGAACAACAUUCACCCUUAUUGACUCCAACGCCCUCUCUCUUUAUACCAACGAGUCUUCCCUGAAGCUUAGUGAUGUUAGUCAUACUCCUCAGACUGCUGCCAGUCAUGCAGCUUUGCCACAGGAAAAAUCACGAUCCCCUCAUCAUGAGGCAGAAAUAUUGAGAGAAGACCCUCGCGAUACCUUUUUUCAAGUGCCAUUAUUGGACAGGUCCUAUUUGCAGAGUGUAUUACCAGAAUGUGAUUAUAAACCCAGUUACGUCAUGAAAGGCUUUUUAUUGAACCGGUAUCAGGGUCUGCAUUUUGUACACCUGUCAUACGUUUAUCCUAAUGAUUACACUCGCCUUACACACAUGGAAAGUGACAACCAGUGUUUUUACCAGGCAAACCAGUACUACUUAAAGAAAUACAGCUUCUCAAGAUAUAUAAGACUGGACCAGUCAGAGAAUGGGGACAUUCCCGUCAGUUACACAGAUGAUGAUAAGACGGAAUGGGAGGACUAUGAAGGGAUGGAGAAUGAAGUGAUGAAAAUGAAUGAGAAGAGGAUGAAAGCUGAAGGUCUGCCAGACUAUGAGAACAAUUAUGAUGACUACAAACCAAACAGGCUGAGAAAACUUUUAUUUACCAUGGACACAGAGAAGAGCAGGACGAAAAAGAAAAAGCUGAUAUAUUUGAAUGCAGCAGGGAUGCCUGGGCAGGAGAAUCCAGCAAUAAGCAGUAAACCACCAUCACAAAACCGGGCUUUAAAUCAUAAAAAUGACAAUGUAGCAGAGAACCAACAAGUGCAAAAACAACUCAUAAAUGAAGACAAGAAACUCAACCCACCUGCUGCUCGAAGGAAACGAAAAAAAGAUACAGUGAUCGAACAGCAGAUUGUAGAGCAUGUAAUAUUGAAAAGUAAUCCAGACCAGCACUCUCCAGUCACAGCAUCCAAAAAGUCAAGUGUGAAACAAAUGGCUGAGCAAUUGAAUGCCCCUGGAGAUAAAAACAAUGAUACACUUUGGAAUGACCCCAGCCAUGAAAAUGGUGGCGAAAAAGAAAAUAAUAAAAAACCUGACAAAUACUCUAAGAUGCCACCAGACGACUGGGAUCUUAAUGACUGGGACCUGGAAAACGAGAUUGUUCCGAAGAUUGUGUAUGACACUGAGGUCAACUGGGCUCAGACACUCCAGGUCAGCCAUCUGGACUUUCAGAUGCUGAGAAAUGAUGAGAUAGACCUCAGAUGCAAUGUGUCUGGAAAUCUUUUGAUCAGCGAAUCAGAAGCUGUGGCUGUAGUUCAGAGUUUUAUGGAGCAACUUAACAAGAAAAAUUCAAGACAGUUUACUUUGCAGCAUAUAGUAAAUGUGGUGAAACGAGUCGAUAAGUUUCAAGGUAGUCGCUAUCUACUGGAAUUGGAUCUGUUGGAUGCUUCAGGUCACAGAGUGCGUCUUGUUCAAUACGUCUACCUGCUGAAGAGUCAGAAAUUUGAAGCCCCCAGUCUAAACACCCAGAUGUUGCUGUGCAGCUCGAAAAAUUUCCAGUGGAACCCCGACACUACAGUACACUUCAUUGUGCCAGUGAAGAAUCAGGCUCGUUGGGUGCAGAAGUUUAUUGUUGACAUGGAGGAAUUGUACAAAGCCAGCGGAGAUGAGAACUUUAACGUCAUCAUCAUUGACUACGCCAGUACUGAUAUGGACAUUGAAGGAGCCCUGAGAAACUCUCAUCUGCCCAAAUCCCAGUAUGUCAGACUGACAGGCAACUUUGAGAGAUCAGCAGGCUUACAGGCUGGAGUGGACCUUAUCCUGGAUAAGCACAGCAUUGUGUUUCUCUGUGACCUGCAUAUCCAUUUCCCGCUGGGCUUUAUCGACUCGGUGAGAAAACACUGUGUUGAGGGGCGCAUGGUAUUUGCUCCCAUAGUGAUGAGGCUUAACUGUGGUGCUACUCCCCAGGAGCCUAAUGGGUACUGGGAGGUGAAUGGCUUUGGAUUGCUGGGAAUUUAUAAGUCUGACUUGGAAGUUGUUGGUGGUAUGAACACCAAAGAAUUUACUGACAGCUGGGGAGGAGAGGACUGGGAACUUCUGGACAGGAUCAUCGAGGCCGGCUUGGAAGUGGAACGUCUUCACUUGAGGAACUUCUUCCACCAUUACCACUCCAGACGUGGCAUGUGGAACCGCAAAGUGGAACGCAAAACGUAGCUCAGGCCACCACAAGACAAUCACUGUGGCACUUUAACCAGCCUUUAGACUGUAAAUGCACUGUUGCACACAGUUUCACUGAAGAUGGACCACAGGCCACAGAGGUUUGGUUGGGCGAUGCCAUUCAUCAAGGCUAUGUGAGAAGCAUGAAUUCAGGGUGAGGUAGAAGAUGUGAUUUCAGAAGGAUAAAACUGGUACUACUGAUGAUACAUGCACACAUUUGGACUCAGGAAAGAUAUCAGGUGUUUAACACACAAUCAAAAUGCCAGACUAUGUGUGGACUCUCAGUGACUUUAGGCUUUGUAAUAAACAUUACACACAUACAGAUGUGCCUGUAGUCACCAGGAUAUGUGGUGAUGUCUCUCAUUUGGUAAGAUGUAAGUUACCCACAUUCUUGCUUUUGCACUACUGUGUUUGUUCUCUGGGGUGUAUUGGUUUUAUUUAUUUUUUAACAUGCAGUGAUUUAAAAAAAUACUUGACCAGGAACGUACAUUUCUGAAUGAAACACUAGUUGGGGGAACAAUGCAUUAAUGCAUCUCUGUGUGGCCACCAUCGAAACAGCUAGCAGAGGUCAGAAUUGCAGCAGGUAUGAGGAAUCCCCUCCAGCAAUUCCUACCCGAUUGAUGAGCCAAUCAUUGUCCGUAUAGGCACCUGGGUCAAAGUUUUUAAGAAUUAUUGUGCCCAGGUGGCGCAGCGGGAUAUUCCGCUAGCACACCAGCGCCGAGAUUCUGAACUCCUCGGUUCGAAACACGGCAUUGCCACCGGUUGGCUAGGCUCCAUCUAGCAGGCAUAAUUGGCAGUGGCUGCAGCAGACACGUUUCUGCCAGCGCAGGAUGACCGGACUAUGUGGGUGGGGUCUUAAAACGCUGUGUAAGUACCCUUAUUAGCAGAUAGAGAGGUGCCUGUGCAGAAUGCAUGGGUGAAAAGGGUUCCACUAAGGGCUGCAUGCGGGUCAGGGAAGGCGUGAGCAGAAAAAUACCCACCUCGAUUGCAAUCAAGGAUCCCCCAGCAGCGGAAGACAAAUUGACUAUGCUAAAUUGGGAGGGAAAGGGAGAAAAUGCAUAAAUAAAUAGAAAAAAAAAUAUUGUUGCUGUACAGUACCUUUAAGAUCAUAUGUUUGACUGGAGGACAAAAAAAAUCCACUUUAGCACCUCUUUAACGGUGUUGCCUUGAUUAUUAAGUGUAUAGUGUGGUAUCACAUAUUGAACAAAUCUAAAUGUCACUAACAAAGCAAAAAAGCACAGAAAUGAACCACUACUACUUUACAUGCCAUGUUGCUUUUUAGAAAUUGUAGGCGACUCAUCCUGAAUCCCUACUCUAUAAAAACAAAGAAUUUACCUUAUUAAAAUGCUAACUUAUAUUAAUACUUAUCUGAGUACAAAUAUUUGUAAAAUAAAGGCAGCACCAGCACACUCCUGUUCACACAUUUGGACUCAGGAAAGAAUGAGCACUACAGGAUAAGCUUUAAAAUAAUCUCCAAAGACUUGAAGUAGUUUUAUUGUCUUUAUUCUUAGGUGGCUUUACUUCUGAAACUCUAAGCCAUUCACUGUGUAAAUGUUCAAACUAAAUAUACCUGCUAC